UCUGGAUUGCUGCUGCCAAACCAAAUCCAUCUAAGACUGUUGUUGCGCCAUUGUUGCUGCUGUUACUGCCCUAUGGCUGCGCCACGGCCACGCCACGGUCGCUGCUGUUACUGCACCAUUACUCUGCCACUACUGUGCCACAGUGCCACUACUCCGCCAUUGCUCUGCCACGGCUGCUGCGCCACUGUUGCUAUUGUUGCUCAAAGUCGAAGUGGAAGUGUAUAUUUAGAUAUUUUGGUGGGAAAUGGGGACGGGGCCAAAAUCUGCCCCUCGUCAAAAAUCCCCGCAGGGAUCCCCGUCCCCGUCAUUCGUGGGGAAAGGGACGGGGACGAGGACAGAGACAGAGACGGAGAUGGGGAGGGACUCCCCGACCCCGCAAGGCCCCGUUGACAUCCCUACUUAUCCUUAGCUUGUCUUAAGCAAUCUGAAAUUUGGACCUGUUUUACUAAAAACGCCCAUAUGAAGCACAAUCACCCUUCUUCUCCAUUUCUCCCAUGGCCUUCACCUACGACAUUUAUUGGCAAAAGGUAUCCGUUUGCCCUUUAACUUUUCUAAUUUGAGGUGUUUUACCCUCCAUAUUACAAUACAUGGAUUUUUACCAU